AUGAGCGGACAAAACUCUGCCAUCUGCGCAUCCUAUCUGGUCCUCUGGUCAACGAAAAAAAUCAGCACCCCACCUCCCACGCACGACUCGCGGAACCACCCACGCCGCCGGCCGCCGAGCCCUCACUCGGACGCCCACCCUGCCACCAGCCGUCGCUGCUCCUCGCACCCUCCCACGGUGGCGCUGCCCCCCGGCUCCUUGCGGCCCGUCACGCCCCCGCGCGGCCUCCCUCUGCAGCGCCCCAGCCCCGUGCCGCCCACCACGUCCCAGGGCGGUGUCCCUCGGCGGCUCCCCCGCCCCCGUGCCACCUGCAGCGCCGCAGCGCGCCCUCCCUCGACGGCGCCCCCGGCCAGCACGCCCUUCCUUGGCGGCGUCCAUCUAGAGAUCCACCACCGAGUCAAAUUUCUUAUGCUUAAUGUUGACAUUACCCUAACUGCUUUGAGAAUAACUAUUGAAGUGUUCACUUGGACAGAUAGUGAAGAAGUGACUAAAGUAAUACCCUUUUAUGGUGCAUUGAUUCACCUUGCUGUUGCAACAAACCAGGCUGAGCUGAGGCAGUUUGUUAGAAAGGAUAUAUUUUCGUCUAUAACACAGGGCUUUUCUGUUGAGUUGAAUGUCGUUGUUAGUGCGGAGCUUAUUGGACUUUGUCGAGGAAUAUAUCUAUAUCUGUCAGACAAAGAUCGUGCACCUAAACAGUUUGGCUCUGGAGGCUUUGGUCAUGCACAGUUCAGAAAGUAAAACAAGAACACAAGUUCAUCACUGAUCUAUUUUUACACUAGUAAGAUAUGCAUACCAUUUGCAGUGAAAAAGUGUUUAACUAUUUUUAUCCUGGACAAUGAAUUUGACUUCAUCUCCAGAUGUGACCAAAUCUUUUUAGGCUGACAAGUAUCACUGGAACUGGUAAGUAUCACUAAAGGCUUGAUUCAGCAACACGUGAUAUGUUCCCCUCACCAGUUACCAUCUCAGUUGUCUUCCUCACCUCUGUUAUCCCAUCGACACGGCCGACAUCUCUACCACGGUGAGGCACUCCACCUCGACAUUUAUCGCCUCUCACCUCCACCAGUAGCCUCCCUAUGUUGCAGCUAUGUCUUCUGCUCCUCAGUUUUGCUUCAUCAUGCGUUCUCUAUGUAAUGGAAAUUAUGAACAUUUUUCCCCCUCAUUAUGAGCACUUUUUUCCUCAUUAUGAACACUCUCGUGAGUUUGGCAUGAAUGUGUGAUUCAAUGCAGCAAAAGUAAACCCCAAUUAAAAUUCAAAAAAAGUAAACCCCAAUUAGCCUUAGAUGGAAAGUAGAUACAUGGAUUGGAAAACUCAUGCCAAGUAAUGAUUUGAGCUUUGCUUGUCUGAGCCAGUAAACUUACUAGUCUAACUGGAAUUAAACAGUGCUUACUACCAAAUUAAGUCAAUCGUGGAGGUCAUGUCGUUCGUUCUAAGCCAACAGGUGCAAUUUUGUUCAAAUUGAAUUUAUGAUUUGUGAGAUACGACCAAAAUACUAAAGGUGAACCCAAGUUUCGAAUUAGAGCAAAUAACUAUUGAGCCCCCUUUUCAGCAAUUUGGAGACGGAGUUGCAGUCUGCUUGUAAUAUGGAAGUUGAAAAAAAUCUGUAAUCUUCAAUGUUAUGGUUUGGUAUGAUGGAUGCCUUGCUUUAUUUAAAGAUGCUAUGGAGGAUUACACGGAAAAUACUUUGCUUAAUUUCUCUAUUUUGCUUGUGUUCUUACUAUUAUUUUGGUUUCUGGAUCACGACUUGUAAGUUGAGUCGCCUUCUUGGCCAUCUACUAAUAAAAAAAUACAGGUUUGAAAAGA